UUCCGUCUCGAAAUUUUUGCUCCGUUCUCAAGUGGAUUUUCCAACCCAUUACCGUGUCCGGGACUGCAAUAGAACCACUCCAAAAGUACUGUGCCCUGUUGGGCUCCCAUCACAUAACGUUAUUUGAGACACAUAACGAUCGUUCGAGUAUUUUUUACUGAGAUAACGUAACGAAUAAAGUACGUCGCCAUUUUCACUCGCACAGUGACCGGGUGAAAGGGUGUUCGGGUGUGUGGGAGGUGCGCAGUCCCGUAAGAACAAGAACAAGAAGCGACAGCAGAGGAAACACGAGUUGCAUCCGUGGGGAGGUUAAUGCAAAAUGUCCUUUCGGCUGCUGACUACACGGUUGUACAAACAUGGUCGCCUACUGGUGCAAGGCUAUCUUAAGCGGAACAUCCACACCAACAACGCUUGGACGGGCCCGGGCGACGGCGUCAAAGUGAACACAUUCAACGAAACGCUCAGGAAUGAUCUGCGGAUCAACGAGUUCCGGAGCAACAGCUUCCUGCGGUUCGGUAACCAGGCGCGCCGGCUGUUCAUCGAUAAUGUGCUGAAUCGCGUCACCAACCCGUACUCGGUCGAUCUGCGCCUGCAAGCGACAAAAAAGCUGCUGUACGGCGAUUCAACACCCUUCUUUGCACUCGUUGGCGUCAGCCUGGCAUCUGGCGAUGGAGUACUUACAAAAAACGACGAGCUGGAGGGUGUCUGCUGGGAAAUUAGACACGCCAUGUCCAAGUUCCAGCAGAGGGUUGGUGAGAAGGAUAUUGAAUCUCGCUUGGAUGAAGAGUUCGGUAUCGACCAGCUGAACAUUGGGCCACCAAUCGCGAAAGGGUGUUGCGCCGUUGUUUAUGCUGCUUCACUGAAGGAACCAGCGGUGAAUGACGAACAACCACCAAGCGAUCUCUCCGCUAGCACAGACGCAUCAUCGCUAGGACAUGCAUCCGUUACCUCUGUGGACACUGAGGAAUGGAACGAUACUCUGCCUGUCUUUCUACCACCAGAACGUAGCCCCGGUUUGGCACUGCAACAGAUGGCCAAUGAAGCCAUUACUGCGAGUGCAAAAAAAGUAUCCACCAGUGAACGUAAAGUCCGCUUCAAUAGUGAGACGCGUGCUAGAACUAUUUCGGAGAGCUUUUACAAUGAGUUUACGGAUGAGAAGCCCCUCUCUACGGAAGGAACGGAUGGGUGCGGCAAUGUAGAGUACCCAUUAGCGUUGAAGAUGAUGUUUAACUACGAUAUCCAGAGUAACGCCAUGGCCAUCAUUAAGGCAAUGUACCGUGAAACGGUACCGGCAAAACGUAGAACCGUCGAUACGGCUUGGGAGCAAAGUUUGGUCGAAAAGACAAACUUCCUGCCGCCACACCCGAAUGUGGUGGAAAUGUAUGGAGUGUUUUGUGACCAGGUUCCCGAUCUGUCCAUGUCAACUACGCUCUACCCGAUGGCCUUACCACAGCGUCUCCAUCCCGACGGUCACGGUCGUAACAUGAGUCUCUUCCUGCUAAUGAAGCGGUACGAUGGGAACUUGAAAGAUCUUCUGUUCCAGCAUCAUGACGCGCUGGAUAUGCGCACACGCAUUCUGCUCUUUGCGCAACUACUGGAAGCCGUGGCGCAUCUGAACCGACACGGUGUAGCUCACCGUGAUCUAAAAUCGGACAACAUCCUAAUCGAGCAACGACCCAAUAUGCCACCAACUCUAGUGCUGUCGGAUUUCGGUUGCUGCAUUGCGGACAAAGAGCACGGGCUGCGGAUCCCGUACACGUCGGACGAGAUCGAUAAGGGAGGUAACGUGGCGCUGAUGGCACCGGAAAUCUUCAAUCAAACGGCGAGCACCUUCGCUCAGCUAAACUACAGCAAAGCGGAUCUGUGGGCGUGCGGUGCCAUUGCGUACGAAAUCUUUGGCCAUAACAACCCCUUCUACUCGGGUGAGCAAUCGGCACUGAAGAACUCGAGCUAUAAGGAGGAUAUGUUGCCGGCUCUAAACCCCGAGGUACCCAAGCUGAUCCAGCUGCUAGUAAUGAAUAUUUUGCAGAAGAAUCCCAAAAAGCGUUUGAGUCCGGAUGUGGCAGCAAAUGUGAUGCAACUGUUUCUGUGGUCACCCUCGAAAUGGCUCCGAGAUGGCCAUUCCCCGUCCAGCAAUGAAAUUUUGCAGUGGCUACUCAGCCUCACGACCAAGAUCCUGUGCGAGGGUCCUCUGCGCAUUAUCCCGGAUGAUAGCAGGGGCCGGCGUACUUACACCGAGUAUCUACUGAUUGGUAGUUUUCUGGCUCGCGCCCGCCUUGAGCGAAUCCGUCGUGCGCUGGACUGGAUACACACGGUUAACAUUUCUGCGUAAGGCAGUGUAAGUUGAUUGGUUCCUCGUGAGAUGUGAUAUUCGAUUGAGAGGCAAGGAAGGAGAGUGCGGGUUUGAAGAAAUAAAGAGUUAUUUAUCU